AUGACUCAAAAGCAUGUUGUCUUCGACGUAGUCGGCACAUGCGUCUCCUUCGAUGCCUUCUACAACUGCAUCAACCGAGUGAUUGGCGAAAAGCUCCUGGCUCAAAAUAUCACAGCUCGGUCGUUCGGCUUCUCAUGGAUGACAGCCGCCGAGCUAGAAUUCACCUUCCUCUCAAUCAGUGAGCGCUACAAGCCUUAUAAAGAGAUAAUUACAGCACUAUUUUAUCGAUCACUGUACAUGAUGGGAGUUGAGAACCCCCGCGAGCUAGUAACAGACGCCGAGCGCGACCAAUGUGUCCAGGGCUACUCAGAACUGGAAAUCAGGCCAGGGACCAAGGAAUGUUUUGCCAAACUGCGUGAUGCAGGUUUCACAGUCUGGUGUCUGACAACUGGCGACACUAAGCGUGUUCGUGGGUACUUUGAGCGUGGUGGAGUCGAUAUGCCGCUUGAGAACUUCAUUAGUUGUGACUCUCAGGGUGUUGCUAAGCCUGCGCUUGCAGCGUAUAGACCUGCUUUUGCACAGUUUGCGCCUGAGGAUGCGAAGUGGUUUGCUGCUGCUCAUAUGUGGGAUGUUACUGCUGCUGUUAGUAUUGGGUUUCGGGGUGCUUAUUGUACCAUUUAUGAGAAGGAGUCUUGUGCGGAGAUUUUCGAUGCGCAGUUGGAUGUUGUUGAGGAUUCGUUACCUCUCAUGGCGGAUAGUAUUGUGUCUGCUUCCCUUUGA